AAUGUUUUCUUCCUGUUGGUCCUGUGACGUGGGGAUCAGAGGAGCACAUCGUGCAAUUUUACGUAAGGUUGAGAUGAGGAUGCGAUCUCCGGACUCUCUUCAUUGAUGGUGUUACCCAUGGGAGACGGUGAUCAAGGCUGCCAUGAGGAAGUACCCGAACCCUAUGAACCCUAACGUGGUCGGGGUGGACGUGCUGGACCGCAGUCUGGAUACAGAGGGACGCCUGCACAGCCACAGACUUCUCAGCACAGAGUGGGGCCUCCCAGGCAUUGUGCGAGCUAUACUGGGGACCAACUAUACGCAGACGUAUGUGAAGGAACACUCCAUAGUGGACCCAGAGGAGAAAAAGAUGGAGCUGUGCUCAACGAAUAUCACUCUCACCAACCUGAUUUCAGUGGAUGAAAGGCUUCUUUACAGACCACACCCAGACAACCCAGAUGUUACCGUUUUGACCCAGGAGGCCAUCAUCACAGUCAAGGGAGUGAGUCUAAGCAGUUACCUGGAGGGGAUGAUGGCUAGGAGAAUGUCAGCUAAUGCCAGGAAGGACUGCAGUUCUACAGUGACGACUACUUUACCCUCUUUACACCUCAUAAACCACCAGGGAUUCUCAGCAUCUUGGGAAACUCUGCAGUUGGUUCUCAUAUCGCCAUGCACUGGAAGCUAAGACUGAAAGGGAAAUGAUGCCAAAGCUGAAUGGUUACAGAGCUGGAUUAAAGGGUUGUGGAUCCGGUAGGCGUUGCUCAACCAUGAGCAUACCAGACUUUACUGGUUUGAAUAUAGUAUUACUACAACACAUUUCCUUUACUCUCAUGUCAUAUCUUCGUGUACCCUGGAAGAGAUUCAGAGGAGGGAAUCAGCACGUACAUGUACACAUUUUUAAAGAAACAAGUAAUGGUACUAUGACAAUAUGCAAAAAAACAUCAUAUCUUUUCAUUUGAACUAAUGUCAUUCCUCACUGGUGACUCCUAUGGCAGGAGUUCAAAUCUGAAGUAUGUAUUGGUGCUUAUUAUGUGUUUUAAGACGCACAAACUGUAGAUGAUUGAUUGCAUGAUAUCAGUUUAAAAAGAGGGGGGAGUAAGAAAGAAAAAAAAAUGUCGAAAAUAGAUAUACAUUUGCUAAUGCAGCUUUAGGUAGGUAUUCAAAGUAAUUAUAUUGUUUAUCUUAACAACAUCAAAAAAGAUGGGAAUGUACCAUUAAAAUUACCUUCUUUGUCGGCUUGCUAAGCAAAAGUAUGUAAUGUUUUUGAUUUUAAAAAUCUGGGCAAUAUUGCCUUAAACCAGCAGAUUUGUAACUGGGUUCAUGAUGAAGAUACGGAUUACAUGUUCGGCUUUUGUGAUCAGUACAGUAAAACGUCUUUGUGGGCAGAAUUGCCACUUUUAUAUGGCCUUAAAUGAUGCCUGUGUAUUUUUGCCAUUAUAUUUAUUUGGCAGCUGUAUCAUUCAUGCCUUUACCAGUAAUACACGACACUUCCAAAUGUUGAACCUCUCUUUUAAAAGCUACCUUUACACCGCAGUUCUGUUUGUGCAACACUGCAGUGGAAAGAUAAACACAAUUACAUUGAUCAUAUUUCUUGGUAAAAUUAAUAAUAUUUACAUAAUAUUUGUAUAAAUAUUAUUUAUUUUAAAACGUUGUGUAAAAAUCAGUAAAUUAUUACAUUGUUUAUAUUGUCUGAAUGCACGCUAAAAGAGUUUCAUUUGCUUUUUUUACUUCAACUGUUACUGCUGCAACAAUUAAAACAAAAAUGAGAUUUUGAAACUUGAACACAAGUGUUUGUUGUUCAGGCAGCUCAAUGUUUAACAGCCUAGUGUUAUUAUAUAGCAGGACUGCCUAAUUCACACUAAUUCCCCACAGCCCUUUGUAGUUUAAAGACACUACAGAGGUCCGCUAUGGUUGGGGAAUGUCAUUGAUUUUGUUUUUUGUGUUUCAUCAUCCAAAUACUGUUUGAUUCCUCUGCUCCAGAUAGAAACACUCAGGUAUGAACAGUGAUGGAAAAUCUGAGGCAGAGAAAAUAUCAUCUAUCAUGGAGAUGGUUUGAUGUCCUGAUGACAAGCAGAACUCAUUCCUAGAUCAUUUUUAUAAACUACUAGCAUGCAGUUUGUCAUUUGUCCAGUAGAGAGCACUAUUUUUCUGUUACCAGCAGCCAUGCUUCCUGCUCACCUAUAGAAAGAAGCC